AUGGGGAUACCGGGCCUCUUGCCAAUGCUGAAGAGCAUCACGGAGACCAAAACCAUCGACGAGUACAAAGGCCAAACUCUCGCAAUUGAUGGCUACUGUUGGCUUCAUCGUGCCAUCUAUUCAUGUAGUGAGGAAAUUUGCUUGGGCCACAAGACCGACAAAUAUGUAACGUAUUUUAUGGAUCGGAUCACUACAUUACUUCAUCACGGUGUAGUUCCUUACGUUGUGUUCGAUGGAGGCUAUUUGCCAAUGAAAAAAGACACAGAAGAGGAACGACGCAAGUCGCGACAGAAAAGCCGAGAUUUGGGUAUCCAGCAUUAUAAAAACAAGCGCUUUGCCGAGGCGCGCAAGUGUUUCAUCCGAGCUGCUGGUGUAUCUCCCUUCAUGGCUCAUGAAGUCAUUCAGCACUUAAAAGCAAAGAAAGUGGCUUACAUCGUCGCCCCAUACGAAGCAGAUGCACAGCUUGCUUACUUAGUGAUGAAAGGUCUAGCAAACGGCGUGAUAUCUGAAGAUUCGGAUUGCCUUCCGUUCGGCUGCCAAACUGUGCUUUUCAAAAUGGAUCGCGACAAUGUAGCACAGGAAAUAAAGAUGAUUAACCUCAAGAAGAACAGAGGAAUGAGUUUUCACAUGUUCACAGAUCAAAUGUUUCUUGAGAUGUGUAUCUUUUCAGGAUGCGAUUACCUACCAAGUAUUCCAGGGUUUGGUCUCAAAAAGGCGUAUUCUGCUAUAAAACAACACGGCUCCUUUAAAAAAAUCAUUCGUGCCCUCCGACUUGAGGGAAAAGUGCGAAUUCCUGUGACAUAUGCCGACGAUUUUGAGAAGGCGGUUUUGACGUUCAAACAUCAGCGAGUAUUCUGCCCCAUCAAAAAGAAGGUUGUUUUUUUAACGCCGAUUCCAGCCGAUUUGCUAGAGGCCGAUCCACUAAUGAACUUUUUAGGACCCAUGCUAACGAGUGACGUUGCAGGAGCCAUUGCUGACGGGGAUUUGGAUCCAAUUACAAUGAUGCCAUUUCCAGCUCCAAUACUCCAACCACGUCGAAGCAUUCUUCAGCCAAGGUCAACAAACCCUAUCAGACUACCAAUCGGUGCGAGACCAAAUGGGGCGAUAAAGUCAUUUAUUCAGACCUCAAGCGCUGCAGAUAACGAUCCUCUUCGUCCAGUCCUCAAUAAAAGAAAAUUCCCAUCAUUUUGUGACAAGUGGAUGUCAAAAAAUGAGACGAUCAAGAAGACGACAUUACAAUCGACGGCAUCUGAUACGGUUGCAGGUCCUGACGCUGACAGUCCACUAUCCGAAUGUCAUAGUUUGGGGGCAAGCUCCACAUUGUCACCACCAGACGAAUACAUCAAAAGUGUACCACGUAACUCAAAUUCAUCCAUACUCCAAAGUCUCCAACCUUGGAAAGUUGGUAUACGACGAGAUAUCCUAAUUGGAUCAUGUAAAGAAAAAAGAAGAGUGCUUCUCGAAGAAUUAAAGGAGAAUCAGUCGCCAAAUCGGCAGGUAGCGCCACCUAACAGCUCUACUUUACCAGUAAAAGAAACCGCGUUUUCAAGAAUGAUGCGUGCUGGACCGAUGCUUCAACAGUAUAAGACAAAGGUACGAAAGACAACUGGUCUAGCUACCCGAAACAAAAGACUGCAACAUGCUUCUACUUCCAGUCGGAUUGAACAAUUCGUGUUUACCAGCUACAAAUCAAAAGCACCAGAUUUGCGCACUGAGUCAAUGACGGAUUCAAAGUGCACGUCCCAAUCUACUGACGAUUCUACACAAUCACCCGCUGACUCGAAAACAAACUUCAGCGUCGAUAUCAAGCCAACUGUUUGUACGCUUAAAGAGUUCCAACUGGACAUUGAUGCAACAAAUGUACAAAUCUCAAAAGAUGCUGCAGCAUCGUUCGAUCGAUUUCGGUUUGAAAAGUAA